AUGUCACCUCUCGCAGGGGCAAAACAAAUUCUACGGCCUCGCGUCGUCUUUUCCGGCAUCCAGCCCACUGGCGUGCCGCAUCUGGGAAACUAUGUCGGUGCGCUGAGGCAAUGGGUAAAUCUACAACGCGAGGAAAAGCCCUCUACCAAGCUGAUAUACUCCAUUGUCGAUUUGCAUGCCAUCACCGUGCCCCAGAAGCCAGAGGUGCUGAAACAGCGCAAGAGGGAAGUUUUGGCCGCCCUCCUUGCCAUUGGUCUAGAUCCCGAGAGAUGCACCAUCUUCUACCAGUCGCCGCUGACAUUCUUGUUCACCGCACCCGCUCAGCGCAUUAUGUCUUUAACAGACCCGACAAGUAAAAUGUCGAAAUCUCACAAGGCGCAGCGCUCAAGGAUUCUUAUUACUGAUACUCCUGAAGAGAUUCGGUCCAAGAUUGGCUCGGCACUGACUGAUUCGACUCCCGGCGUCUCUUACGAUCCCGCCACUCGCCCUGGCUUUUCUAACUUAUUGGAAAUAUACUCUGUUUUUGAUGCAGAGAAGCGUAGUCCGGAACAGCUAGCCCAAGUAUACGCCGACUCAUCGCCCAAGGUUUUCAAAGAAGCAGUCUCAGAUGCGCUGAUUGCCGGGUUACACGGUAUUCGAGAUCGAUAUCUUGAUCUAUCUGCAAAUGAAUCGUAUCUUGCAAUGAUCGAGAAGGAGGGCGCGCGAAAAGCCCAGAUAUUUGGCGUCAAUUAG